AUGAACGUAUUCCGCAACAAGAAGAAGGGCAAGGAGGAGCCGGAGAGCGUCCGGCCAUCUAUGGAAUCCGAGUCCUCCAGCCCCUUCCGCAUGUUUAGCAAAAAGAAGGGCCAGAGCGAUGAUAUCAAGCCCGAUCUUGACAUCAGCACCGCCCUGCCAUCCACCGAUGAUUUCAGAACCAGCUUGCUCAUGACAGGACUCUCAGCUCGAUUUUCCAUGCUACGCGAGCAGGAUGAUCCCACAACCAAAAUGGGAAAAGCUAGUGAUGACAGCGUGCUCUUCCCUCGAGGACAAUCCAAUUGGGGUCUUGGCGGAGGUCUACAGGACAUCGCUGAGGUCGAGUCGAUAAGAUCGCCCUCCAUCUCUCGCUUGGAUGGCUUCAACAUAGAUGAUGCCACCGGAAGCGUCAUGAACCGGGCCAAGCCAGUUGAUGGAAACAACCUAUUUGGCGGCCGACAAAAAGUCUACAGGCUCCCGGCCAACGGCUCAUCAGGAAAGGAUGGUAACAUGUCCAGCAGAACGCUUCUCGAGGAUGAUGUGGGUCUGUCGGCCUUUCAGAAAUGGCGACUGGCAGAGAAGGAAAGACAGAAUGCUGAAGGAGAGCCACAAUCAGACUCUUAUUUGGAGCCGCUGCAAGAGUCUCACUCGGAACUUCUAUCAGAGUCCCGGUCUGAGACUAGCCGACGGCGAGAGACAAGCUCAACAGUUUCAUCAGUUGCGGCUCGCUACUCCACCGCAACCUCAGUUACCUCCCAAGGCGCACCGUCCGUUAGGGAUUCUCAGGUCACCUCGUCAGCUUCCACAGCUUCUGCGGAGCGUGUUCUUAGGACAAAGCGCCUGUAUGAGCAAGGUCUCAAUCGUGACCUUCACGACCAGCAGUCGUCGGCCGUGUCUAGAAUGGACUUUCUAUCCAAGGGGCGCCCCUUUGCGUCUGCGACACCGGACGUAUCAGCUUCACCAACUGCCAGCUUGUUUGGUGAUCGCAUGCUUGACCGUCGACCGAUCCUGGCAAAGGCUAGUGCCCCCAACCUGCGGUCGUUCACACCCAGCUCUGCGUCGCCUUCUCCAAACGAGCCCAGCUCCAAGUUCCCAGUCUCUGCUACCAAGUCGAGCUUCGGAAUUCCGCCCAUCAGCCCCCCUAUGAGCGAGCCUGAAGAACACCCCCUGCUUACAAUUCAACCCAACGAUAGAGGCAAGGCCACGGCAAUGGGCGUUUUUGAGAGACCUGCUGAGAGAUAUGACGACUCGACUUAUGCCCAGCGACAAAUACAGCUUCAGCAGGGACGAGAAACUCCCGUUAACAACCACCGCUCCAUGGAAUCUAGCGCCUCUGUUUCGGACUCCAGGUCACAAUCUUCUUCAGCGAUGCAAAGGAAGCCACUGGAGAAUGCCGAGCCCACUGCAGCCAAGACCGCUGCUUCCGAGGAUCCAUCAUCCUUUUUUGAUGACAGCGACACCUCUUCCGUCCUGAGCGGAUUGUUGGCUUCUGGGAACCCCCCAAGACUCUCUGUCGAAAGACCUAAUGAUGGCGACCACCCAGCCUUCAAGAACUCCGCCAUCCCAGCUCCCCUUUCGCUUGGCUCCAGAGUAUCGGGCGGCCUUUCACCCUCGCCCAGUCCUAUGUCUGGGCCCCCUCAGGACUCUCCCACACUGCCAGGUAACGGCUUGAGUGGUAUGGUGCGGGCACAUCUGCGUAGCGACAGCAAUGCCUCUUCCAUAUAUGGCAUGCCACCACAAGAAUCAGAACAGAGUACAGUACAGACCACGGUGCAAAACACGUCGCAGACCGGUUUGGCCUUGGAUUAUGACCGUAGCCCCGGUUCAGCGCGAUCGCCUGGUAAUGCCCGAGCAAUGAUGUCUCGGUCUCCUUCUCGCCACAGGACUUCAAACGACGAUGCAGAUAGGGAGGAGGAGGACGAGUUUGCUCGUCAUCUUGCAGAUGGCGCCCGACGCGUCCGCGAGAAGCUCGGCUCCAUGGUUGACCCCGAGAUGGAUAAGCCCUCUCCGACGGCAGUGCCAUCCUUGGAGAGCCUCAAGGACGUCCCACCUCCGCGGUCGAACGCAUUAGGUAUCCUAAAGUCGAAAUCCAGCCAUACCUCGCUCUUUGAUCGCCAACGCGACCAGAGCCAACCAAGGGCCAUGAAGAUGGUCAUGUCAUCGACCUCGGGCAGGAACAUGUCACCCUCUGCAUCUCGGAGAGGAUCUGCCGAGAACAUGGACGAUUCGCGCAGAGGUCGCUCGACGCAAGCCCGAGAGCGACCAUCGGAGGAUGGAGCCUCAACAGAUAAGGAGGAAAACGUCCAUGUUGGUCUGAAGGCCUUCCGUCAAGCACGACUCGAGCUCCAGAAGAUGAAGGAUCUAGAAACAACCCAACGACCGCCGGAACGGCCCCCCAUGGGUUCGCGAGUAGGGUCUCACGACGUCGGCGGCCCACCACCCGCCAUGUUUAACAGGAAGGCGCGUGAUGAGUCUCGGCAUGGCAGUGGUUCUCGGGCAACCUCCCGAGCAGGAUCGCGAGCUCCGUCGGAGAGAGAGAGAAGCGGAUCAGAAGCAAGCAACGCUGGCCCACCUCCGCUUCGACCAAUGCGGCUGAGAAACGGAUCGAAUGCGUACGACGAUCAGUAUAUGCCCGUUAGUCCGCCUGGCAGUGCCAGGAGUGCUGGUGGCAUGAGGCAAGGCCCCCCAAGUGCUCGACAGCGCCCUCCUUACGAGGCUGGGCAGCCAUCCCCGAUGGCCUCUCCCGUCGGCAUGGGUACGCGAUCUAGAACCGGCAGUCUGCUCGGGGCCACGGCCUCCACCCCGAACCUGUUGUCGAAUGCACCUGCCCCUCCGCUGCCACCAAUCAACCCCCGGCGCAAAAAUGCCCUCGGCCGAGCCAGCGAGGACGACAUGCAAUCGCCGCGGGUCCCCGGAGGCUUCCCCGGCCCAGAUGACUCGGACGAUGACACGCUGGCAUCACGUCGACAAAAGUUGCGCAAGGCCACAAGCGAAGGCACCAGCUUGAGAUCACGAAACAGCCCUUCCAGCAACGGCGUCAGACCACCCAUGCCUCCUCAAGGAACCAUAUCCAACAACAGAUUUCCCGGCGGUCUCUUCUGA